GAAUCGCGGAGGAGGAGCCGGGCCGGGCCGGGCCGAGCCGAGCCGAGCCGUGCCCAGGCGGAACCCACCCGAGCCGGGCCAUGGAGGGCUCCGAGCCCGCUCGGGGCUUGCGGCGCUUCACCUGGGAGGAGAUCGGGCAGCGGAACGGGCGGGGGGCGGCCCCGCAGGAGCGCUGGCUGGUGAUCGACAGGAAGGUGUACGACAUCAGCCGCUUCUGCCGGAGCCACCCGGGAGGCUCCCGGGUCAUCAGCCACUACGCCGGGCAGGACGCCACGGAUCCUUUCAUUGCUUUUCAUCUUGACAAGACACUGGUAAGGAAGUACAUGAACCCACUGCUGAUUGGGGAGCUGGCACCAGAUCAACCCAGCUUUGAGCCCAGCAAGAAUAAAAAGCUGGUGGAAGAUUUCCGUGAGCUCCGUGCGACGGUGGAGAAAAUGGGGCUUCUCAACCCCAACCACAUCUUUUUCCUCCUCUAUCUCUGCCACAUCCUGGUGUUGGAUGUUGCAGCUUGGCUCGUCAUCUGGUAUUUUGGAGCGUCCACGCUGCCUUUCCUCCUCUCUGCAGUGCUUUUAGGCACUGUCCAGGCCCAGGCUGGCUGGCUCCAGCAUGAUUUUGGACACCUCUCGGUCUUUAGCAAGUCCAGGUGGAACCACUGGGUGCACAAGUUCGUGAUCGGCCACCUGAAGGGAGCCCCAGCCAGCUGGUGGAACCACCUCCACUUCCAGCACCACGCCAAACCCAACUGCUUCCGCAAGGACCCCGACGUCAACAUGCACCCCUUGUUCUUUGCUCUGGGAAAAACACUCUCUGUAGAGCUUGGUGUGCAAAAGAAGAAAUUCAUGCCUUACAACCACCAGCACAAGUACUUCUUCAUCAUUGGUCCCCCAGCUCUGGUGCCUCUUUACUUCCAGUGGUACGUCUUCUACUUCGCUGUGCAGAGGAAGCAGUGGGUGGACCUGGCCUGGAUGUUGUCCUUCUACAUCCGGUUCUUCCUCACCUACUUGCCCUUCCUGGGGGUGAAGGGUACCCUGGGGCUUCAUCUCUUAGUCAGGUUUAUAGAGAGUAACUGGUUUGUCUGGGUCACACAAAUGAAUCACAUCCCGAUGCACAUCGAUUACGACAAGAAUGUGGACUGGUUCUCUACCCAGCUCCAGGCAACCUGUAACGUUCAUCAGUCCUUUUUCAACGACUGGUUCAGCGGACACCUGAACUUCCAAAUCGAGCACCACCUUUUUCCCACAAUGCCAAGGCACAACUACUGGAAGGUGGCCCCUCUGGUGAAGUCCCUGUGUGCCAAGCAUGGCAUCGAGUACCAGUGCAAGCCCCUGCUGACGGCCUUUGCAGACAUUGUGCACUCUCUGAAAGAUUCGGGGGAGCUCUGGCUCGACGCCUACCUGCACAAAUAAGCAGCAGUGGGUCCCUGCAGAGGAAUUCCCCAGCCUUUCUGCCUCACGUGGUGGUCACUGCGAAGAGGAGGCCAAGCUGGCUGAGCUAGAGGUGGGGAGAGGUGGCACCACUUAAUUCCACUGAUGAAUGUAAUUAAUAUGAUGGGGUUUUUUAAAAGAUGUGCUCUUAAUUCUUCUUGUGCUUCUUUCAUUCCUGUUUGGUGCUGAGUUAGGGGGAAAAGCUGAAUGGGGGGAGUUGUUCCACCAGGCUGGGGGCAGCUUUGGGACUGGGAACAGAUUCCUUUCCAUCUGCUGAUACUUCAUUUGCUGAGUAUUUAGGAGGGGAAGUUUCUUAUCUAACAUAGGCUUUUUGGGGUGGUUCUGUUGUGACUGUAAGAAUGCUGAGACAGCAUGAAAUCAAGAGAACUGGGAGUUAGAGAAAUGUGGAAGCUCUAGGGAAUCGGGUAGGUCCAGUAUUUUGAAAUACUUGUUUGUAAUUAGUGAGACCCCAAACCAAUUUGUAUAUUAUGUGCGUGAGGUGGAGAAGGUGCAGGUAGCAGCACUCUGGGAAUAGGAUCUAACUGAGGUAAAGAAACAGGA